AUGGAUCUCCUCACCACUUUUCCAUACAAUGCCACCACGUUUCCACCACUGAGCAGUGCCGAAUUCUACAACGACUGGGAUGAAACUUGGCCCUCAGAGUCUUUCUACAACAGUGCCAAAAUCCGGCACGUCAUGAAAAUGGUUUCUAUGGCAAUUUAUUGCAUCACGAUGUCGCUGGGGGUCAUAGGCAAUGGCCUAGUUAUCUUCCUCACCCGCUUCCGCAUGAAGAAGACGGUCACUACCAUAUGGUACCUCAAUCUGGCCGUGGCCGAUUUCAUCUUCGCCAUUUCACUCUCCUCUGAGAUAGCUUACUUGGCCCUGGAUUAUCACUGGAUUUGGGGUAGGCUGAUGUGCAAACUCGACAGCGUGUUGCCCUUCUUGAACAUGUUUGCCAGUGUCUUCUUCUUGACAGCCAUCAGCGCCGACCGCUGCGUUUCUGCGAUGUGCCCAGUCUGGGCCUUGAACCACCGCACUCUGCGACUUGCUUCCUUCGUGGCUACAUGCAUUUGGGGAGCUGCCUUAGCCCUCAGCUUACCAUACUUUGGUUUCCGUGAUACGGAACAAUUCCCAGGUGGUUCCAUUCGGUGUGUCUAUACCUUUGGUUCAGGGGAUGGUGGCGAUCUCCGGACACAGCGGCACCUUUCUGUAGUGGUGACCGAAUUCAUGGUUGGCUUUCUUGCCCCCUUCGUCAUCAUUUCGGCCUGCUACUGUGCCAUUGUUAUCAAACUGAGAGGGAGCCUCCUUGGCCGUUGCGGCAGAUCCUUCAAGAUCAUCGUGGCGGUGGUACUGGUGUUCUUCUGCAGCUGGUUCCCAUACCAUCUCUUCUCCAUUCUUGAAACUCUGGAAGACGACAGUCUUGAAAUGGAAAAAGCCCUCGAUAUAGGGUUGCCAUUGGCUCAAUGCCUUUUCUGCCUCAACAGCUGCCUCAACCCUCUUUUGUAUACCUUCAUUGGGACAGGCUACAAAACAAGGAGUCGUCGAUCCUUCUUGUCUUCCUUGAAAGGAGCUUUCACUGAGAACUGGGUCCUGCAUGCUCUUUCCAGCAGCAGAAAUUCCAGCUUUGCUUUGGCAGUGGAGUCCACCACAGUUUGA